AUGCAGUCAGUCGACCGACUCACCGAGGAUGAAAACAGCUCACACUCGAUGGAGAUUGCAUCGCACAUGGUCAAUGAGGUUAACGCAAGCAUCAUGACAUCUUUGAGCUAUGCCAAGAGCGUUCUCAGCGAUUCCUACAAGCCAAGCGGCCUGAUGUGUGCUGUGCAGAAACAGACUCGAAGGAGUGCAAGAAAGAGAAUGAGACCUUUGCAGUUCUGGAGGCAUGAAAGGAUCGAGUACCAGAGGAAAAAUGGUUCAGUAGUUCCUGAAAUAUCGUGUAUCUUCGUCCUGACGCCGAACUCAAAGAAACGCGCGUAG